AGUAGACACGACUUUCGUGAGUGGUGUGUUUAGUUAGUUGUGUUGUAUGCCUGACGAAGAGCACAUUACACGGAUGUGAUCGUUUUUUGUUAGACUUAUUUAGUCCGGAACGUGUACGCGGGGGGUUUUGCUAGAUGUGUAGUGUUACGGCCAAGUGUUAUGUUUAUUUUGCGAAAUUUGCAAAAUAUUGUUGUGUGUUUCUAAAUGACGGGGUGUUUUAAAGUGUGAAUUUAAAAUAAAAAAAUAUAUUUAAAAAAAAUGUUCACCGUGUGAAGUGUAAAUAAUAGACCAUGAUGGAGAUGGUUACUCCACAUUUAAAGAGUGUUUUAAAAAAUUAUCAAAAUAGUGCGACUAAAAGUUUACAAGGACCUGGUUUAUCGUUGACUCGUGAAUUAAUCAGUCCUGAUAUUAAAGAAGAAUGUGUACCAACAACCACAGCACCAGAACCCUUAAUUGUUGCACCCACACAAUUACGAUUUCCAGUAUUAGCUGCACCAGACACUGGACGUAGUGAGCGAACCGAGACUAUAUUAGAGGGUGAAUCAAUAUCAUGUUUUGUGGUUGGUGGCGAAAAACGAUUAUGUUUACCCCAAGUGUUAAACAGUGUGUUACGUGACUUUAGUUUACAGCAAAUCAAUCAAGAAUGUGAUCAAUUACAAAUAUUUUGUUCGCGAUGUACGCCCGAACAAUUGAACGAGUUAAAAACAAAUGGGAUCUUACCUAGCACGGCACCAUCAUGCGGUUUAAUCACAAAAACGGACGCGGAACGAUUAUGUAGUGCAUUAUUACAAUCAACAAAUAUUGUGCUGGCAUCGCCGCGAGUACGGGGGCCUGGCCAACAAGGGGAUUGUCGUAAUAAAGAUCAACCGCUAUCAUUUCGUGUUUACCAUGAAUGUUUUGGUAAAUGUCGUGGCUUAUGUACACCUGAAUUGUACACAAGUAAAUCGGCUAGAUGUAUAGAAUGUUUAGAUGGGUGUCAGGGUAUGUUCUCGCCACAACAGUUUGUGUGUCAUGCACAUCGCGAUUUAGAGAAUCGUACAUGUCAUUGGGGUUUUGAUUCCACUAAUUGGCGAACGUAUUUACAUGUAUGCAAAGAACAGCAAGUGGAUCGCGAAAAAAUGGAACAUGUUUUGGAUUUGUUAAAGGAACAGUACGAUGGUACGGCUGCGUUCCCGCCAGCACCUAUUACGAAUAAUACAAAUCAUAAACGAAAGCAGAUACCAAUGGAUGAUAUAAUCAAAACGGAAAUCAUCGAUCCAAUCAAAGGUAGCGACGUACUAUUAGAUGUACCAAUGAAAAAAGCGAAAUUCGAUGAAUAUGCCGCAUAUAUUUAUGCAGCAUCGAUGGAACCAUUAUAUUUACAUUUAUACGAACAAUGGUCAACACGUCAAUUAAAUCCAUUUCGUGCAUUACCACCACACAAUACAUUACCAUCAAAAGAUCCAACAGCACCACCAAAUACGGGUGCUAAUUAUCCACCAACAUUACAUAUAAAACAAGAACCUGGUUUAACAACACCUACAACAACCGCUUCAUUGAUUCAACCACCACGCUCUGCUACCAUUAACAUUAAACAAGAGAAUCAUCAUCCAGUACAUCCCAAAGAGUUACCGCAUCAUCAUCAUCGACAUCAUACAAAGAACAUUGUUGAUCCAAACUUAUUAAAACAUCAUCAUCUAAUACCUCCUUCACCACAACAAACGUAUAACAAUGGUGCGGGAACGACUGAACCUCCUAGACUGCAACAUCCAGAAAAAGUAAUACCACACUCUGAAUCAGAGAAAUUUGAACGUACAUUUCAACCAAAUGUUGCAUUACAUCCACAACAACAUAAAAAGUAUCGUCCAGUUCCAUCACAGAAAGAGGAUUUACGAACAUCAUCUUCAAUACCACCCAGUGGUGGUACAGACUCAUCAUUUAAUAAUAGUAUAACAAUACCAAAGACUGGAGGAAUUGACAUAACAACUACAUCAUCGCCAUCAUCAGUUGUUAUAACACCUAGUGCAGAAGUUUCAGUAAUAUCGCGUGAUCAAUUUCAUCAUUCACCGAUUGUUAUUCAUCAUCGUGGUGGAGAAACAUCCCCACCUUUACCUCCACCACAUAAUAGUGUGAUAAUUGAGACAAAAUCCAAGUUGGUGAAUUAUAAUUCAGAAAUCGAAUUAUCAACUGAUACAGAUGACAGUUUUAGUGAUGCUUCGGGUGAUACAGCAGCCACUACAACUGCAGUAAAACCAUCGAAAGUGAUUGUUGAACCCACAAUAAGCACAACUACAUCAACAAAAAAUAGUUUAGUGAUUGAAUCAACAACUAACGAUGAUUCAACAAUUAGUUAUGUAUCACGUAUUGAAAAUUUAAUACAAAGUGUAAGUGUUGAUUCGAAACGUGAAAUAUUAGAGAUUGUGAGAAUUCUUGCCAAUGAUAAUCGAACAUUAGAAAUGUUAUGUCGACAAAAAGAUGAAAUAAUCAAUGCACAACAAAGAAAGAUUUUUGAUUUAGAAGAGCAACAAACAAAAGCAAAGGAUACGGAUAGUGAUGCGAAAUCUACGACAAGUACAGCGAAACAUGUUAUUGUUAAAAUGGAAAAAAUUGAAACAUCGUCUACGCCAUCGCCACCAACUUCAACGCGGAGUCGAGAAUCAAGUCAAGAACGUGUAACUAGUAGCAAUACACCACAAUCACCGCCAAAUAAUAUUAAUAACAAUAAUCUUAGUAAUAAUAAUAAUAAUAUUAAUAAUGAGUUGUCGGAAUCAUCGCCGUCACAAGAUAAUAGUUCAGAUGUGACGAAGAGUAUACCUCCAACAACGGCACCAGGUAGUGCUGUUGGUAUGACAUCUCCAACAUCGUCAUCAGUAUCAUCGACAGCGACGACUUCUUCAUCGAUUGAUACCGAUAAAGCAAUAAUUAAAACAGAACCUGAAUGAUCAUGAUUCAAUGAGAGCCUUAAUAAUAAGGUUACACGACGAUUCAAGUGUCAUAAUCAUUAUUAUAUAAUUAAGUAAUCAAUAUAUUUAAUUAAUUAAUUAUUUGUUUUGAGAUUGAUGAUGUAAUAUGGAGGUUUGAGAUUUUAUUAUCAGUUAACACACACAUACAAGAUUUUACUUCCCUCUAGUUGAUCUAUAGAGUAAUUCAAAAGAUUGAAGACGUUUAAAGAAAUAAUUUGAUAUGAUGUCAAAUUUAUUUGAAUCCAUUUUGAAAGAAUAUCAGCGCGUGCCUGGUUGAAGGCAGGCCCUUCGAUAAAAUAGCUUGAUAUAAACGAAGAUACUUUUCUAAAAGGUUGAGACAUGACAAAGAAUCGUGAAAUUGAAAAAAGGCAAAAUUCUAUUGAAAUUGGCUAAAAUUUUUGUAUCUGUUGGUCAUUCUAAACACAUGUUCUUGCUAUAAGAUCUUGUUGAAACUUUCCUUAGUGGAAAAACGAGCACUCUUUUAAAACAACUAGAAAAAGAGUUUUAAUUAUAAUAAAACUUUUUCUUUAAUCACGCUUGAGUAUUCUCUUUCCACAUUGUUUUCCGUGCAAUGAAUAGUAAAUUGCUUGCGUGAAAUUUACUUAUCGCACUCAAAUAAUCAAUUACGUGCGAUAAGUAAUCGCACAUUCGAAAAAAAGUGUAUGAAUGCGUCUUUUACCCCAUAUAUUAUAAUUCGGGGCAUUUUUAACAAGUGUCUUCAUAAAGAAAGUUUCUGACAAUGGGCCAUUUUUACCAUAAAUGGAUAUCAGUACAAAUUACCAAUUAUAAAAGUCGAAUCGAAGAAAUUUCUCACUUUCAAGAUAAUUACAAUGACUUAUCCCAAAAUCAAGACUUAUCAAUAGAAUGACUUAAAUCAAAAAUCAAUAAUAAAUUGGGUUCAUUGGCAAUCAAGUUUGAGCUAAUUAUUAAUUA